UCCCACUUUCUCUCUCCUCUAACAACCAGACAAAACACACACCGAAAUUACAAAAACACCCUCCAUACUAUUUUCAAUGGGUUUUCCGGUGGGCUACACGGAGGUUUUCUUCCCUCACCUCUUCCUCCGCUUACUCACCUUCCUCGGCCUCCUCCGUAACCUCGUCUUCCACCUCUUCCGCCUCCUCGGACUCUCUGAACUCCUCAUCGACACCACCACCGACAACAACAACAACUACUACAACCACAACCCCAACCCAACCCGGACCCCCUCCGCCGUCGACCGUACGCCAUCCCUCUCCGCCAUCCUCAUCCGCGAGUUCCUCCCCGUCGUAACCUUCAGAGAAAUCCUCGCUAGCGAUGACGUGGCAUCGCCUCAACUAACUGGCAGCUGCGCGGUUUGCCUAACGGAAUUAGUUAUGGAGGACGAGAUCCGGUGGUUGCGUAACUGCAAGCACGUGUUCCACAGGGAGUGUGUGGACCGUUGGAUUGAUCACGAUCAGAAGACGUGUCCGCUUUGUAGGACGUCGUUUGUUCCUGAUGAAAUGGUUGAUCAGUAUAAUCAACGGUUGUGGGCUGCUUCUGGUGUUAGUGAGUUCUACGUAGAUUACACUUCUCUCUAAGUAACCACAUAAACACAACUCUCUUUUUCUUACACUUUAGGUUUCUCUUCGCUGUCCACCAUUGAUUUUUCCCUAUACUUUUUUUUGUUGUGAAUACAAAAAAAAAAUUAGAAAAAAGAGAAAGUUAACUUGCAUUGAGCUGAGAA